CAUACGUACGAUAUUAUGUAGGUACAUCCAGGAUGGAUUUUACGAGUAAAGAUUAAUUGAAUUUCCUUACAUUAAAUGAAUGGAAAAAUUAUUUGUUGUUAUCGUUACUUACUAACAUUCAAUAUUGUUAUAGGCACAUUAUUUUCAAACGCAUUUUUAAGUAGAUAAUAUUCGCUUGUAUACUGUUUUCUUUACUAAAGAAUAAACAACAUAGAAUAUGUGCUGUACGCCUUUGAAUAACAAGUUAGUUUUCGUUUAUCAAGCAGUGUUACUUUUACCAUCGUCUUACUCCUAUGUGGAUGGAGUUACGACAAAAAUGGCAAAAAAAUUGCCGAAGAAUCCACCAGUGUGGCCUAACGAGCCGAGCGUGUAUUCCAUGCCGAAUCUGCGUAAAGAUAACAAAGAAGAGGAAGAAGCAAGCGCGAUAGGCGGAGGAAAACAAGCUCAGGCAGACGGCGCGGCUAACAGAUUCUCACAAGCAGUAAUUACAACAACCAAAAAGACACGGACUACACCUUCCUAUGUUUCAGUGGAUGAACCGUGCGACUAUAUAGCAUUGCAGUGUUUCAGAGCUUUCCAGACCGGAAGAAUAUGUGCCCGAACAGUUUAUAAUAAGUAUUUUACUUUCAAGAAUUACUGCAUGUUGCUUUUCACCAAUUGCAUGGAAAGAUAUGAAGUUUGGCAAGCCACACAUAUGGGGGCAUGUUACAAGCUCAAACCCAACAAGAAAGUUCACCGUGAGAACUCAAAAGAUUCACACAUAGGGGAUGGCUAUUACUGGCCAAAUAAUUACUAGAAAUAAAUACCUACUAGUAGACUUUACGUGAAGAGUGGCAGUUAUUAUCCAACUUUGGCAAUGAUGCCAGUUAACAAAUUGUGAAGAAAUACUGAUACUUUUAAAAACAUGGCGGUAUGCACUUGAAAGCCAUUCAUUGUUAGAUACACCUAUAUUAUGUGUAGUGUAAAUAAAUUCCUGGAA